AUGGCGCCUGCCGGGCCCGCGGUCCGCGUGCGUCGGGGCGGGCGGCGAGCGGCUUCGCCUGUGAGGAGAAGGAGGAGGAGGAGAGGAAGAAGAAGAAGAAGGGAGCUCCUCCGGGAUCGCUCUGUGGCGGGGCUUCGGUGCCCGGCCGUGAGCGUUCGGCCUGCGGCGGUCCUCAGCGGGUCCUCCGGCAGCGCGGCAGCUCCCAGCGUGUCGGCGGCGGAUGGCGGCCGGAAAUGGAGAAUCCAGUUCACUGGAUUUAGAAAGAAAGAGAAAAAAGCACUGCGUGAGAUGUUACUCAGACUGGACUGUGUUUUUGUUGAUAAUAAGAAAUACAGGAACUGCACACAUCUUAUAGCAAAAAAGCUUUGCAAGAGUGAAAAGUUCCUAGCUGCCUGUGCUGCAGGAAAGUGGAUACUAACUAAGGAGUACAUAAUUAAUAGUGCCGAAAGUGGCAGAUGGCUUGAUGAAACAACAUACGAAUGGGGAUAUAAAAUUGAAAAAGACACCCAUUAUUCACCUCAAAUGCAAUCUGCACCUAAAAGAUGGCGCGAAGAGCUGAAAAACUCUGGUGCUCCUGGGGCCUUCCACAGAUGGAAAGUUAUCCUCGCUGUUAAGGAAGGUUAUAAACAAGUGGCACCUAUUAGAAGAGUUCUAGAAGCUGGAAAGGCAACAGUGUGUUCAUCUCAGGAUGUCGAGAGUGAUAUUACUCAUGUAUUCGUCCUUAAUAAAUUUUUUCCUGUGCAAAAAGAGAAAUGCUUCUCUGAAGCUCAAUGCUACCCUUUGCAAUAUGUAGGAGAUUACCUAUUGGAGAAGGAUAUACAAAAUACUGAAGUUGCCCAAAUUAAGGGUUUUCUGCCAGCACAAGAAACUGACAGAAACAAGUCUAAUAUGCAGCUUAUUGAAAUGAAAAAUGCUGUGAUAAAGCAUAUGUAUUUUGUUGAGGCUGCAAAACAGAAGUUUGCUCAUAAAGACUUUCUGAAUAAGUGCAGUCCAAAGGUUAAAAAUACUAACCUGUCCAGAGGCAGAUUGUAUAUAUUUGAGGAAUUAAUAGAAGAGCAUUUAUUAUCUGAAGUGAUUAUAGAACUUGCUGUUGGUCAGAAGUACUCUUUACCUCCUGUUCAACUUUUUCAUUCUCUUCUAAAACAUGUCCUGUUGGAAAAUACUGAUGCAGUAUUUUGUGCUAAACUUCGUCAUGUUUUGUACCUUGUUCUCCAACAUGAUCCUCCUUGGAAAUCUACGUCUAUGUUAGGAUAUUAUUUAGAUCUUCUUCAGUGUCCUAUCUGUAAGAAAGGCACAUGGAACUGGAUAGAGAUGCUUGUAAGGUCUUGUCUACAUUGCAAAAACAUUUGUCAUGCAGUCCCAGUUUUAGGGAAAGCAGAUGAACAGAGGACAGUUCACAAAACAUUAUUGAAGUUUUUCUUUGAUUUAGUAAAAGCUGAAGUAGAAUUUCUGACAAAAAGUUUGGUUGAAGGGACCAAUUCACUGCACCAGCAAGUAAUGCCACAGACUGUUCUUCUGAAGACCUUUUGGUUGGGAAGUGAAACCUCUGUGCUUUUUACCAAACACAUAAAUAUUCUAGUGGAUUGGGUCAUACUCUCCUAUAGAGAAUUGCAAAGGAAAAAUGAUGCUUUCAGACAUGAAAUAGCUUGUCUAUUAAAUGCAAUCCUUGGAACUGUAGUGGAUUAUUGGAUCGUCUCAGCUUUGCUUAUGGACAGAAAUGUAUUUCAUCAAAUAGCUGAUGAUUUAGCACACUACAUUGCCAUUGCCUGUGAUGAUUUUUCAGUAUGUGAUAUUAAAAUGUUCAUUUGUUCCAUACCAUCCCUCUGGCUUCAAAUGUUUGUUGCUGAAGCAGUUUUUAAAAAAAUGUGUUUACAGAGAAAUGUAACUAUUUCUACAGAACCUCUUUCUCUUCAAAAAAUAGUCGGUCCCUAUUUUCUUGCUUUGCGGGAGGCAGGGAUGUGUGAGACAAGAAAAGUACAUAAAAAAAAGAAAAUAGGGCAUUGGCCAUGCCCUGCACCUCAGAGGGCAUUACAGAUGCUAAAUGGUGAUGAGCAGAACCAAGUCAAAGUGCUGCCUGAUCUACCCUCUUUUUUCAGAGAGAGUAAGUGCGGUACAAGGAAGAGAGCCAAGGCUUCAGACACCAAAGAGAAUUGUUCCCCUUGGGCUGAAGAGGGGCAUUUUUACAAGAGAAAUGCUAAAGGACAGACAGCCCUGCAUGGAGCUUGCAUAAGAAACAAAGUGGAGAGAUUGAUUCAGCUUCUCUCUUUCCCUGGAAUAGACAUUAAUUCUAAAGACUAUGCUGGCUGGACGCCUUUGCAUGAAGCCUGUAACCAUGGCAGCACAGUGUGUGUCAGUGAAAUUUUGCAGCGUUGUCCAGAGGUAGACCUGCUCAGUCAAGUGGACGGGGUGACUCCUUUGCAUGAUGCACUGUCAAAUGGACAUGUAGAAAUUGGCAAGCUGCUGCUUCGGCAUGGGGGACCAGUCCUUCUACAGCAUAGGGACUCCAAUGGAAAAUUGCCACUGGAUUAUGUUCAGUCCCUGCCAGUAAAACAAGAACUUCUGAACAUUGUUCUUCCGGAAGAGAAAAUUGAAAGUUUCAACAAACGUAUACAACAAGAUGUCAGCAGUCAGCAAAAAGAGUUGUGGUUGGUUUUAUUUAACAAGAUGCUGCUCAAUUUUUGUUCUGUUUAUAAUCUGUUUUCACCUUUUACUUUAACUCUCAGAGAGGUAGCUCAUUCAAGUAUGCUUCUAGUAAUGACUGCUGAUAGCCAUAAGAUGGAAGAUACAUUUCCUGCACAUUGGUUAGUAGAUACAUACUUUAAGGAGCUAGAAACUUUCCAAAAGCUACCACAGUUUAUUGAAGAGGUAUCUGCAUACAUGUGUGGUUUUCCUGGAGAACAGAUGAAGGCUUUAUUAGCAACUCUGGAAACUGUGGUAAAGGCAAAUUAGCUCUUUGCUUAAAUCCUUUCCAUAGGUAGCUUCCAUAACCAGGUUAAAUCAUGACUGCUAACCUACGAUAUUUGGCUGAUACUUUUUCUGGUAACUGAAGUAGAGAUGUCACAGCCGCGCAUGUUAUUAUCACCCAUUACAUCAAUACUUUCUUCUAGUGGGACUUGAAAGUCAGAUGCAUUGAUUCAAUGCAAUUUUUAGGCAAAAUCUGUCCACUCACAAUACCUUCUCACUGUCAGACAUCUCUGGAUGCAUGACAGCACUUCAGGAGGUGCUGUGUUGUUUUAAUCUUUACUUUUUCUGUCUUGGAAAUAUUUGUCACCAGUCUGGUGCCAUCGUUGAGUUUGGUUUCUAAAGGUAGAACACCUUGAACUGAGUUACACACUAUCUAACAAGCAGCUUUUCCCUUAGAAAAGUGCGUACCUACAUAAUUUACUGCAUUUUAACAAAACCAAUAUUCUAACUGUCUUUCAGUAAACAAAUAUGCAGGGAAAACAAAUGUCUUCUCUGCAUCUUACCUAACCACAUCUUGUAAAAUUAAAAACAGAAGAUAAUAAAACUUCAAUUAUAGAAUCAGUGUGGUAGCACUUCCCUUGUCUUUGUUAGUUUGGUAGUACACUAUGAUGCUACAGGGCGCUAAUGGCCACAUUUGUUUAUGCAGACCAACCUGAGGAGUCUGGCCUAUGCACUUGGCUUUUAUUCGGCAUCCUAGUGGGUGUCACUGACUGGAGCUUUACAAUGACUGGGGCAUCUUCCUGCCCCCCAGGCCAGUGAUGCUGUAAAGGACCAAAUGCACCUUCAGCAUGAGUGAUGAUGUCACCAGCUCUCCUCUGCCUCAUGCUGGCUUGCCGUGAUUUGAUAAAUCCUAUACGUUGGCAGUGCAUAAAGUCAUCUUGGUAACACCCCUGGGAUUUCUCCAAUCCAGAUGCUGGUAGUAGUAGUGGUAUAAAUCUAGCUGUGUUGGCGGAGGAAUUUGCUAAGGAUUAGACAAGACAGUUUAAGUAUGUACUGGGCAUCAGAUUCUGACACUAAGUAUGAAUCUCCUUAAAAAUUACAGCCCAUUUAAUGUGAGAAUUUUGUUCUCCGUUUUGUGAAUACAUGCAAACUACACAUGAUAAAUCCUCCAAACUAAUCCUCUAACCUAAUUUAGUAUUGUAUGCUACAUAUUCUAUCAGAUGGUCCUUUUAAUUAAUUAAGAAAUAGAGAAAAUCCUGUGCUGUUCUUUAAAGGUACUGAGGCUCAUGCAGCAGCUGAGCUGUAUAAUUGUGCUGCGAGAGGUUGGGUGUGUGGAAGAGUUGCGUAUUUUAGAGAACUCUUGUCACAGAUUUAUACAGCAAUGACUAUCCUUCUGCCAUGCAUCUUUGUAGAGAUCUGGUACAAAUUUAGAUCAGACUAAAAUCUGAGAAUAUACACUUCUAGUGGAGGAUUAACUUUUCCCUUCCUAAGGAAGAGAAAGAAAUGCUGCUUUAGAAUAAGGACAACUGAUUUUAUUUUUUCUAAUGGAUUCAGUACAAGAUCAGGAAUAAUUCAGAAUCUUAGCCUUCAGAGGAAAGGUACUAAUUAGCAACAUUUCCAGUUCUCCUAUAGUAGCGAUUUAUAUUAUUUUAAAAAAAAGAACAUUAAAAGAAAGGGUGUGGAUAAUAACUGCUUCUGAAAUUGACGUUGCUUGACUAGGAGGAAUAAGUUACAUUGAUGCAGCUGGCUUGCAGCACACUAAAACUUCCAUUUAGUCUUUGCAGCAGAGACAUAUGAUCUCAUAGCAAUUAAUCUACUGAAGAUGCUCAGACUGGGUUGGUCUUCAAACCAGACCUUUUUUACAAAUGUUUAGUCUUUAUUAAUGACCGAUUAUUAUUUUUAUGUGUGCAUGCAGAACAGCCUGCUCUGGUAGAAUAGAGGGCCAGUUCAUAUUGGAUUUGUUUCUGUUUGUGCCUUUUUGCGUUUCCUACAGUGAAAGAGUUGGAGUGAAAAAGCAACACUCAGAAAGCUUUUGUUGUGUGUGAAGUUAACGACCAACAAACUUCAGUAUUCCCUGUUGCAGGAUGUGAUGAAAGAAAUACUGUGCACAUACUUUGUAAGGAAUGAAAAGUAUGUCAGCUGUAUAAAAAUUUUCCUUAAUUACAUCAUAAUAUUCCACAUCUAACUCUAGCUUAGAGAUUAUUGAUAUACAGUAUCAGUCUUCAAUUAUAUGAUGGCAUAUUUUUCCCUUAUGUUCUCUCAGUUUGAGUAAGGAUCACCUAUUAUGCUCUUAACGUCGGUCAGUUUUAUACAUAUUCAAUUUUAGGUAUAAUCAUGUUUGCAGACUACAUAUCCUUGAAAAAUCUUAAAUAUAUUUCCAUCAUAUUUGACAUAAGAUUAUGUGCUUCAUCUCAUUUAUUAGAGAGCACCUAUUCUCUUCCAGAAUAGCAAUUUUUUAAGUCAUGAUCACAAUGAAGUGAGCUCUAUUAAGUGAUUAAACUGUCUCCUUUUAAAAUCCCUCCAUGUUUUGCAAGCCAGCGUGCUUCACAGAAGUUUGUCCUCAGCCAACCUCAGUUUCUUAGGCCUUUAGUAAGUUUCUCUACACUCUCCACCUACAACAUGCGGCUGCAGAACAGCGCUGUUACACAUACAGACACCAAGUACUGCCCAGAGCAGCUGUUGGCUUGUUGAUAGCAUAAUGUUUGGUAAAAACAAAAUAGGCACAGCAUGCUGUGAUAUGUAGUUGGAAUUAUAGUUGUUGCUAAAGCGUCAAAAGUUGCUAAAAAGGAGUAGAAUUACACCAAAUUUAACUAUUACAGCUUCUCCAACACAUACCUGUUGUUUGACAGCAGUGAUACUACUGCACACAAGUGUAUUAACGAUGAACUUUGUGUACAAAGAGAUUGGUGAUAUCUGUAAAGACUUUUUCCUGAGUGUUUCUUAUAUUUCAGAAUGUGACUCAUAGCAAAUAAAUGACCAAAGAUGACAUGCAACAGUU